GGAUGUUGUCGGGCCACUCCAAGUCAAACGCAUUUGAGCUUCGAAUUGGUGGGACCAUGGUUUGUUGGAUCGUGGGGUUGUGCCGCACCCAUAUGUCGAUGGUUCCACCUGUUAAACUAUGGAAUGAGUUGUUUAGUUUUUGAGGUUAUGCGUAUGAUACGGUUUAGUUGAGUGUUGUGUUCUUGAUUUGUCGGAUUAUAUGAAUUUUAUUGAUGACAGUGAAUAAGUUAUACGUACAAAGUGAACAGAGUGCUUUAUUAAUGGCAUCCGGCUUUGUUAAAGGUAAAAAACUGCCUCUAAUACCUGGAACGAAACCGUCAACACACAAUGCUCAACUUUUGGUGUCUACAGGAAUUCCUUCUUUGGAUCAUGUUAUAGGAGGAGGUUUGCCAAUCGGGUCGAUAUUACUCAUUGAAGAAGACACCUACGGAAACUAUGCAAAUAUUAUGUUAAAAUAUUUUAUUGCCGAAGGCAUACUGGUGUCUCACAAUAGCUUUAUUGCUUCUCGAGAUACAAAACCUGCUCAAUUUCUUUCUGAAAUUCCGGCAGUUGCAAAUGAUUCUUCCACUGGGAAUAAAACCGAAACUAAUGAAGAGAUGCAGAUUGCAUGGAGGUAUCAGAACCUGAAACUUGUUGAUAGUUCACCUUCUGGAAGUCAAGUCUUUGGUCACUAUUUUGACCUAACAAAAACCAUGGAUAAGGAAAAAAUAGAUAGGACUCAAGUAACUGAAUGGGAUGGUGAAAAUAUACUCUGUAGGACGAACGCCUUCGAAAAACAGGAGUUCGUCGAUUUACUCAAAUCUGUGGAAGAAACUUUAUCAAAAGGACAAUUUUUGGUUUCGGAUUCUCCGGAAAAGAGGAAUAUCUUGAGAAUAGCUCUUCGAUCUUUAGGGUCUAGGUUAUGGAUGUGUGACAAGGAGGAGGACACGAAAAAUGAUCUUUUAAGGUUUUUUUAUUGUUUUAGAGCACUUCUAAGGAAUUCUUAUGCUGUUGCCACAAUCACGUUCCCCGUACAGUUUUAUCAUAACGAGGAUGCCCUGGUACACCGGUUAGAGCAUCUUGCAGACACAGUAGUUGGAUUGGAAUCUUUUGCCGGUUCUGACAAGGAAGCGAAUCCAGUCUUCAAGGAUUAUCAUGGUUUGAUGCAUAUAAAGAAAGUUUCUGCCUUUAAUACUUUGGCGCCCCACUGUCCCCAUUCCAUGGAUUUGGCGUUCAAACUAAGGCGGAAAAAGUUUCUCAUCGAGGUUUUACACAUGCCACCAGAAUUAGGUGACACGGCGCAACGUGAGCAGGACGAUGUUGCAUGUGGGAGUGGGAGCACUAGAUCAAGUGUACUUGAGUUUUAAUAAAAAUUAUUUUUGUUAAGUCCAA